GGACGGAAGUGAGGUUGGAGACCCGUGACUGCGCAGCUUCGGCUAGGAGCGCGGGCUGAGGGGAGGCGGGCCGGGCGAGGCGGCGCUGACGACGGGGAUUUGGCGGCUCAGCCCUUGCGUCGGAGCACACCGCUGCGGUGCUCGCCACUUAGUGCGACUCCAGCGCCCAAGCCAUCCGGGGCCUGCGUGCGCUGGCCGUCCAGGCCCAGGCCGCCGCCGCGGCGCGUUCUGGGAGUCAUGAAUCCUGUGUACAGCCCUGGCUCCUCUGGGGUUCCCUACGCAAACACUAAAGGUGUCGGCUACCCAGCCGGCUUCCCCAUGGGCUACGCAGCAGCAGCUCCUGCCUACUCCCCCAGCAUGUACCCCGGGGCGAGCCCGGCCUUCCAGACAGGCUAUGCCCCUGGCACACCUUACAAAGUGUCCUGCUCCCCCACCAGCGGGGCAGUGCCGCCGUACUCCUCCUCUCCCACCCCCUACCAGACUGCAGUGUACCCCGUGCGGAGCGCCUACCCCCAGCAGAGCCCCUACGCACAGCAGGGCGCCUUCUACGCCCAGCCCCUGUGCGCGGCGCCCCCACACGUCAUCCACCACACCACGGUGGUGCAGCCCGACGGCCUGCCGGCAGCCGUGUACCCUGCGCCCAUCCCUCCUCCACGAGGCGGCGGGGUCGCCAUGGGCGUGGUGGCCGGAACCACGAUGGCCAUGUCAGCAGGUACCCUGCUGACGGCCCACUCCCCAACUCCUGUCACCCCCCACCCAGUCACCGUGCCCACGUACAGGGGUCCGGGAACGCCAACCUACAGUUACGUGCCCCCGCAGUGGUGAUCACCACGAACGUGCAGGAUGGAGCUGGGCGCCGCCCCUCGGAUGCCCUGCAGCCGGUGCUGCAGGCCUCUCGCCUCAACCAGGACCCUCUCCUUCUGCUCUGG